UUACGAGCGUGGGGGCUGGGGCUAGGGGUGGGGGGCUCAGCGGCCGCGCCCUGUGUUUUCUGGUUCCAGAACCCGGGCCGCGCGAUGCGCUAUAACGAAAAGGAACUGCGAGCGCUAUCCCGGCAGCCAGCAGAAAUGGCGGCGGAGCUGGGCAUGCGGGGCCCCAAGAAAGGCAGCGUAGUCAAGAGGCGGUUGGUGAAGCUGGUGGUCAACUUUCUCUUCUACUUCCGCACAGACGAGGCCGAGCCCCUCGGAGCCCUGCUGCUGGAGCGCUGCAGAGUGUCCCAGGAAGAGCCCAGCGCCUUCUCCAUCAGCUUUUUGGAAGACCCAGAGAGGAAGUACCACUUUGAGUGCUGCGGUCAGGAGCAGUGUCAGGCAUGGGUGGAGGCCCUGCGGCGGGCCAGUUAUGAGUAUAUGCGGAAAAGCCUCAUCUUCUACAGGAAUGAGAUCCAGAAGAUGACAGGCAAGGAUCCACUGGAGCAGUUCGGCAUAUCCGAGGAGGCCAGGUUCCAGCUGACUGGCACACCAGUGGAUGGGUGGUCCUGCAUUGGCUCCAGGCUAGAUGCACUGGACUGACCUUCCACCAAGGCCUCUGCUUUGGAUUUCUGGAUGCCUGGGUCUGUGAUGGGAGUUGUUCGAGGGCUGAGUGGGGGCGAACAGGGGCUAUAGGGUUUAAGAGAAACAGCUUAGCAAGCACCCCUGCCCUGGUGCCUUGGAGCCACCUGACAGGUCUGGCAUUUUUGUGUAUGUGCUGCUGCUGCCACCAGCUCAGGUGCAUCCAUUGAGAACACCUGAUUGUGGCAACUCUCCUGCCCCGUACCAGCUGAAUGUAUAGUUAGGUGAAGCUGUGAAUAGUGAGGGGGGGGGGUCUCCCUCAACCAGCUGUGAACUCGACUCCUGCUGAUGGGGGUGGCCUUGGUCCUCCCAAUUCACUUACUCUGUUCAAUAAAGGUACCUCUUUUCCAAUUAAAUGGUGGUGGAGUGAGGAAGAGGAUGCAGGCAGCUGAGGCACCUGAGCACACAUCCUUCGUUUUACUCAAGCAGGGUUGGACUAUUGACUCUGAGAGGAGACCUUGGACCCUAAGGUAGGAAAGGCCAGGCUAGAGAGCUCACAGAUAAGGGCAGCAUUCUUAUUGUGGUAGAAAUUCUGAAGGGACCCCAGGUGAUCCCUGGGGAUAAGACCAGUUCUACUGCUGUGCCUGGGUCCCUGGGCUUUGUUCAUCUGGAAGGCUUGGGUCCAUUACAUGUGGUUCUAA